ACUCUCUAAGCCAACUACGAUGAAAGGUGUUCAUUUUCUCAUAAGCACUCUGGCCAUAUUGGCAUUUGCAACCUUCCUUGCCUCAGCCUCUGAUCCCAGUCCUCUUCAGGACUUUUGUGUAGCAAUCAAUGACACCAAAUCUCCUGUGAUUCUGAAUGGGAUUGCGGUGUUUGUGAAUGGGAAAUUCUGCAAGGAUCCUAAGCUUGCCAAUGCGAACGAUUUCUUCCUCUCUGGGUUUCAAAUUCCAAGAAGCACACAAAAUCCGGUUGGUUCGACGGUGACACCUGCAAAUGUGGACCAAAUAGCCGGACUGAACACUCUCGGCAUAUCCCUAGCUCGCAUAGACUUUGGACCAAAUGGCCUAAACCCUCCUCAUACUCACCCUCGUGGCACCGAAAUCCUUGUAGUCUUGGAAGGUACACUCUAUGUUGGUUUCGUUACAUCCAACGGUGAUGGCAAUCGCCUAUUCACUAAAGUAUUGAACAAGGGAGAUGUGUUUGUGUUCCCAAUUGGUCUCAUUCACUUCCAACUCAAUGUGGGACACGUCAACGCUGUGGCCCUUGCCGCCCUUAGCAGCCAGAACCCAGGCGUUAUCACCAUUGCAAAUGCAGUUUUUGGCUCGAAGCCUCCUAUCAAUCCUGAUGUUCUAGCCAAGGCCUUCCAAGUGGACAACAAGGUUGUUAACUAUCUUCAGAAACAGUUCUGGUACAACAACAGUUAAGAGAGAAAAAAAACUUAUAUGUGAAAAGCAGAAAAGGCCAAGGAAGGAACGAUUGCUAUGCCUUAUUGGAUGUAUUUACUACCUAAAAAUUAUUAUGAUCGAAUAUUAAUUGAAUAAGAUGGUCGUUUAUGCAAUCAAACAUAUUAUCAUAGUCUGUAGUUCUGUGUGUGCUCUCUCUAUCAUAUACUUCUAGUUUGCACAAUUCAAAUUAAGUUGGUAGCUUUUUGAACCCAAUGUCUUUCCACCU